AUGUCAGACAACGAGUCCCCCGCCGGCUCACCGCCUCAGACUCUGCAUGAGGAGGAAAGGGAUGGCGAGCCCAAGGAGCAGGAGCUCGGUGAUUACGAUGUGGAAGCCGCUGGAGAUUCGGACAAGAACAACACAGAAGAGGACGACCUGUCCGAUAUUGACGAGGAUCAAUUUGGCGAUUACGAUCCUGCAGCCGCCCAGAUCGAGGAGAAGCCUGUCGAAAUCGAUGAGGAUGUUGCCAGAACCCUCAAGGCUGGCAAGCGAAAAGGUCUAGCUACCAAGAAGCCCAAGGAAGGUCGAAGAGAAAAGAAGAAGCGCAGACGCGACGAGGAAGACAAUGAUGGUGCUGAUGGUGAGAUUGUCACCGGAAAGCGAUCCAGAAAGGCCGCCGCCCCUAGCAGCAAGAAGCCAUCGCCUGAGCCUAUCGACGAAAGCACCCUCACGCCCGAGGAGCGACGACGAAGGGCCAUUGAGAGAGCUGCCUUGGGCGAGGUGAAGAACAAGGUCAAGAGACGCAAGAAGGAUGAAGUUGAUCUCGAAGCCGAACUGGACGAACAAAUCGCAGCCCUCAAGACAGCCAUGGAAAAUGCCUGCCGCGAUGACAACAAUUAUCGUCAGCAAGGCCAACCCGCCCUCCAAAAGCUGAAGCUUCUUCCCGAAGUCAUGUCCUUGCUGAACCGUAACAACCAACAGUCUGCCAUUGUCGAUCCCGACGCCAACUUCCUCGAAUCUGUCAAGUUCUUCCUUGAGCCGCUAAGUGACGGCUCACUGCCUGCCUAUACCAUCCAGCGAGAUAUCUUCCGCGCGCUCCAGAGACUGCCAAUCCAGAAGGAGACUUUGGCUGCAAGUGGAAUUGGCAAGAUUGUCCUCUUCUACACCAAGAGCAAGAAAGCAAACAAAGACGUCAAGCGCAUGGCUGAGCAGCUAUUGGGAGAUUGGUCUCGGCCCAUUCUUAGGAAGACCCAUGACUACAAGCAGCGCCAAGUCGAGACUCGUGACUUUGAUUACCAGGCCGCCAAAUUGCGACAAGCCGCAGGCUCUUCGCAACUCACACUCACGCAGCGCCCAGCUGCUUCACAGGCAGCACUUCGCGAGGCAGAGCGCGAAAGGAUCUUGGCACCACAGAACCUCAGCAACCGUGCUCGCAUCACUGGUCUUCCAGCCGCUUAUACCGUGGCACCCAAGAGCACGUUCGCGCCUAGAGGCGAUAGCUCGCAUCGGCCGAUUGGUUCCAGUGGUGUUGAGGCCUUCCGAAAGAUGACACAGAAGGGAAAGAAGGCUUAG